AUGGACGCGGUGAAUGCUGCGGACGCUGCGGAUACUGCAGGGCCAUCGUCCUACCUGGCCUUGUACGUCCCUGCGCGCGCUCGUGCUUUAAGGUGUUCGUGUCUUGCCUGCGCGCGGCGAGGGGAGCAGUUACAUUUACGGUACAUUCCACUGACAGUGUUGACAAAUACUUUCGAAAUCCGUACUCCGUGUACACGCAACAAUGAAAGCCAUCACAAUCACAAGAUUGGGCCUCUCACACCGGAACCAUCCACGGGAUCCUUCUGGAUCCUCCACGGUUCGGGGCCUGUCACUCCAGGCCCGAUCGCGUGGGAAGGGAUCGACAGUGCGUAA